AUAUAUAUCAAUAAACAUAUCUAACAUCUUUGAACUACUAGCUACCUUGUUUCAAAGUUUCAUCUUUCUUGCAACUUAAUAUCAUGGGACGUUCGAAAACCUUGUUAUUGUUGGUUGUACUAGGUGCAAAUUUAUCAUUAUUUGCAGCAUCAUAUGAGUUACAUAACAUUUUAGAGGCCAAUUCCAAUUCAAAUUUAUUUCCGCCAAAUUUUUUAUUUGGAACCGCAUCUUCUUCUUAUCAGUUUGAAGGAGCUUAUCUUGCUGACGGGAAAGGGCUUAGUAACUGGGAUGUUUUUUCACACGAACCCGGCAAUAUUGCCGAUGGGUCUAAUGGAGAUAUCGCUGUUGAUCAUUAUCAUCGGUAUCUUGAAGAUAUUAAGCUUAUGGAAUUCAUCGGAAUAAAUACUUUCCGUUUUUCAAUAUCAUGGGCUAGAAUUUUACCUAAGGGAAGGUUUGGAAAUGUGAAUGUGGCUGGAAUAAAGCACUAUGAUAACCUCAUUAAUGCCCUCAUAGGAAAAGGAAUACAACCAUUUGUAUCCUUGACACACUAUGAUAUACCUCAGGAACUUGAAGAUAAAUAUGGUGGUUGGCUAAGUCCACAAAUUCGGCAAGAGUUUGCAUACUAUGCAUCUAUAUGCUUCAGGUAUUAUGGGGACCGAGUCAACUAUUGGGUCACUUUUAAUGAACCAAAUAUUGUUGCCGUUCGUGGUUAUAGAUCGGGUAUUUACCCACCAGCUAGGUGCUCUGGUUCAUUUGGAAAUUGUAGCUCUGGGAAUUCUGAAAAAGAGCCAUUUAUCGCUGCUCAUAACAUGAUUUUAUCCCAUGCUGUAGCAGUAGACAUUUAUCGCACUAAAUAUCAGGAGAAGUGGAACGGCAGUAUUGGGAUUAUUAUGAAUGCAGUAUGGUAUGAACCCAUAAGCAAUUCCUCACAAGACAGACUAGCUGCUCAAAGAGCUCAAUCAUUCUUCACGAAUUGGUUCCUAGACCCAAUUCUAUUCGGGGAAUACCCUGAAGAAAUGAAGGAUAUUUUAGGAUCUUUGUUACCCAGAUUCUCAAAGAAUGAUUUAAAGAAGCUAAAGAACGGCUUAGACUUCAUUGGUAUCAACCAUUAUACGAGUUUCUAUGCAAAAGACUGUUUAUACUCUACAUGUGAAGAAGGACCUGGCGUUUCCAAAACGGAAGGUUAUUAUCUUAGGACGGCACUAAACAGCAAUGGUCAAAUUGGAGAAUCUACGGCACUGGAUUGGCUGUAUGUUUAUCCUAAAGGAAUGGAGAAGAUGGUGACUUAUUUCAAGACAAGAUACAAUAAUACACCAAUGUUUAUCACAGAGAAUGGUAUUGGCGUGCUAGACCAGCCCGACUCAAACAUCAAUGAUUUUCUUAAUGAUUAUAAACGUGUAGAAUACAUGAAGAGCUACUUGGAUUCUCUAGUUUCUGCAAUAAGGAAAGGAGCAGAUGUUCGAGGUUACAUUACAUGGUCAUUGCUCGACAACUUUGAGUGGGUAUCGGGGUACACAAUAAGGUUCGGACAUUACCAUGUUGACUAUGCAACACUAAAGAGGACACCAAAAUCAUCAGCAAAAUGGUACAAAGACUUUAUUUCAAACUUUACAAGUUUCGAAUUAGUAAAAUAUUAGCACUUGAUGAAUCCACGGGUUCAUUUCGUAUGCUAAAAGCAUGAGAAGUUGCUAAUAUGAUAUGUAUUUGUAAAUAACCUAUUAAUGAAAGGCUAAUUGCCAUCUUUCAUAAGGUAUUUUAGAUUUGUAUUGAAGCUUUUAGUUGAAUUUUUGUAAGUGAAAACUCAUGUAUUCGAGAUUCACUUAUAAGUCUAGAAUAUUUUGCUUAAUACUUAGACACAAAUUUUACCAA